AGUUGGCGUGUCAAAUCGAUCAUUGGCACAGUUUGACAAGUCUAUUUGGCUGGACAAGUCCGUGAGCCAGGAAACAAAACUACGACCGGACAAAGCCGUGUCGCAGCGACCACCGGCAGUUUCGGUCUGGCCACGUCCAGACGCAGAGUCGCCCGGCGGACAGGGACGGAGCGUAACACUUACGAUUUGUAAUGGCCCCUAAUCAUGCGACAAAAAGUGGCAGAUCGCCGUGUACGGCCAGGACCUACCGCCGUUAACAGGUAGUCGCGUUCGCCGGUGCAGCAUCACUGCCAGUGGGCAGUAGACAGUUGGCAGUUUGUGGUUCGGGUGUUAAUGGUUUGUUAGUACGCGCAGGUGUCCUUGCUCGCUCUCGUCCUUGAGUGGCAUAGUCACAGGUUCGCCCACGCAGCUCCCCCUCAGACACACCGCAAUUAUAACGCCUGUGGUCGUUGCGUUUGCGGUAAUUUAGUUAUCUUCCAGGACUUCAUGCGAUUUUCGCCGGAAAUUGACAGUCGGCGGUCGAAGCCACAGAUCUUUGAUUUAGCAUGCACUGUUUAAAAACACAUUCGGCAGCCUAUAAGUCAGCUUUACUGCCAAUGCCAAGCGAUAAACACCCAGACAAUACUAUACUCUCGGCCCAUAAAUUCGCGAAAACCUGCCCAGUCCUGCUCCAUCGAUUGGCAGUUGCAUGUUUAGCAAAUUACUCAACAGCUGGUGCGGGGACUCCGUCGGGGUCAGCGAGCCAUUAAAUAAAUUAUAACGAACUGCUCGCCGAAGAACGCCCUCCGCCUUUGGACGCUAAGCGGAAUGGACAUUGCCGCAAACAAAUUGCUCCCUGCCAAGAGCUCGCCCGCCAUGUGGGAGACGACACGCAGUCUGCAGUUUCCGCGGCGCGGUGGGAUUGGGGCAGGGCCAGAAGGUGCCAGUCAGGAUCGCGGAGAGGAGGAUUCAUGUGUCAGCAGUUUGCUCAAAGCCAAUGCCGCUGGUGGUUUUCUUUUCGGGCGAGAUUUUAAUUUAUGUAUUUGAUGCAAAAAGAGGGCAGAGUGCACCGGAAGAAAUUGAGGCGGGGCAAUCAAAAAUACAUUUGCCAAUAGAUUGCGUAUGCUGGCUAUUCUAGCUAUAGUGUGGGAAAAUAUUUUCAUAUGCAAAUGCUAUGAGUCGGUGAGGGUUGCACUUUGAAUUUUGCGUGAGCAGUUAACGAACAUACACAAAAGAGGCGAAAUGAGUUACGGAUUUGCAAUCGCUUAAGUUGAGUGCCAAUCUGAGCCGGCCCCAAAGCUCAGUCAUAUAAACAAAUGAACAUAUGUAAAAUCCAUGCUCGACAGCGACCACGACAACUUGGGCUGACGCUGAUGCUGAUGUUUUUUACGACUUGACACAGAGUUUCCGAGGACAGACGAGGAUGGGGAUGAGCAUGGGUCUGCAAAGUCUGCCAACUCUGCCAGCUCUUCAGUGACUGGACAAAGUGGCCGACAAAAGUCGGUCUGAGAUCCGUGCGCUUCAAGCUUCGAGUUCGGCGGGCUGCUGACUAAAAUGGCUUUGAAGCGCACAUUUGCCAAAGUGAUCGUAAAAAUGCCAGGCCAAAUACCUUGAGCACGUCAAGCGCGGCAAUUAAAAUUGAACUUUUAUGUUACAAUGACAUAUAGCCCAGUCGCAGGCCCGAGUUGGCCCACGUCGGAGCGCCCUAGCGCUCAAAUGUGAUGCUGAUGGGCGGCGGCGAGAGGUGGGGCGCGGCAUGGGGAUGGAGUGGAAAGGCCAUGCGUGUGAACGGGGCAAGAUCAAAGCUCAUGCCGCUGCCACGCACUUGCAACUGGGAAAAGGACGCAGCUAGAGUGCGAGCGAGUGGAAGCGAGUGGAAGCGAGUGGAGUAUCUUUUUUGGCUUUCAACUGUUGCUGGACAAUGCAAAUGCCAAGGCUGGGUCCCAUGCAGUUUGGUUUCACAAUUUAAUUGCAAAUAAAUUGAGUUUUUGGUACUUCAUUUAAGCGAAACACGCUAAACCUUCCUUGACCGUCGGAUCCAUCAAAGUCGGCUGGGGAUGUCUUUCUCGCACUGCUUAAAGUUGCCUUUAAGAGGCUUCCUGCGACCGCAAGACUUUUGAAACGAAUUGUUUGCAUGAAAUUAAAAUGGUUUCCUAUCCAACUCGACGAAAGUGUCUUUUCAGGACUCCUCGCAAUCUUCACCAAUCGUUCCUGGAACUUAGUGUUCGCAUUCACCCAUUUGGGCCCUGCCGUACAAUGAGGUUCCGCUAACUGAUCCAUCAAAACUCCGUUAGAAAACUGUCAACAGAUGCACAGGAACUCUGAAAUUAGGCACACAGUUAAAAAAGUCAGCCAGUAGCCGGUGGCCAAACGGAAGGCACAACAAACAGACUGGCGAUCCCACAAAUAUUGAACAAUCGCAUAUGACGGAUCGCUCAUCCAUCUGGACCAGGUCAAGGAGGAGGACAAGUGAAAAUUAGGUACAAGCACGCAUGCACAAAAAAAUUUAACUCCUGUAUGCUAAGUUGGCAAGACAAACAAACGGCGUCGUUGGUCCCGCCGGACCCUGCCCAGGACUCUGCCCAGGACUCUGCCUAGGACUCGGCAGACACAGCGGCAGUUCAAGGACGACGAAGGUGUCACAACAACGGGGUGCCGCAGUGGACGGUAGCACAGCAAGUGGCGAGGAGUAGGCUGGGACAUUUAGUACCCGAUUGGGACUCGGUAGUCCUUGGCCCCAGCAAUCGCCAGAUGCUACUGGACCAUUCUAAGAAGUCGCCACCUAUUCAUACGACAGGAUAAUAAUGUGAAGAACUCGUAAGCGUCCCCCUGUUUUCUUUACGAGAUUCGAAAGAGCCUCUUAUAAUGGAUUUGUAGGACAAGUUUUAUGCAUGUACUACUGGCGACAAAAUUUACAGCCUCCAGUAAAUCACGGUUGUGAAGUGUGGCCCACAUGUGCUCUGAUCUGAUUCAGGGAACAUGGACCUUGGGAUUCGGCUCUCAGUUUACGGCAUUCAUAAAAGCCCGUCAAUAGUGUGGCAUGGAGCAGACGUCUUCAGGGAUGUGAAACAAUUUAAACUCUCUUAUAGAACGUUAAUUGAGGGCUUUGUUGACGAAAUAUUAACUGGAAAGUGUCCCAAAAAGUGUGAAAUGUAGUUAUUCUUCAGCACUUGAAUUUUUUCCAAAAAAGUCAUUUUAUGAGCACAUCCUUUAGAAACUAGUUUAUAAAUUAUUCCCGCAGCAUUUGAAUUGUUGAUUCAAAAAUGAGAUUUAGCACUUUUCAGUUCUUGAUUUAGAACUUGAUGCACGAGAACUCAAUCUGUAAAUUAGAAAACCCAAAUGGCAGAAGCACAUGUUUAGCGUUUGACUCUGACGAGUAUCAAGAGUUUUAUGCAGUCGCUGCCACGCAUGAGGAACUCCGAUAAUUGAAAACUGUCAAUACGCAUAUUAGGUAAUUUGUUAUGUUUAUCAUGGCCCAGUACUUGUGGUUUCGCUCUGAGCACGGAAACGGGCGGAGACGCAAUCAAAUUAUGCCUUGGCCGAGGACGUCCUGUUUGGCUCAUUUGCAUUGCCAGUUCUAUUGCCGAUGCUGAUGAGGCAUACCAGUGCACUCAAGUGGAUGGCAAUGCGGCUCCUUGCACAACGCUUCAUUAGCAUCGAUUUUUAUGCUCAUUACCGCAGGGACUCCAGGUCGGCUUAGCAGAUUGAUCCUGCUUUGGAGAGCCCUUGCCUUGCAUAUUUCUUCAGCCUGCCAGCUCAUUCUGCUCAAUUCGGUUUUGGGCCGCAGCUUCUUGUAAUAUUGUUCUAGAUCAGAAAUUUGCAUGUGCCCGACUGCCACAUUGUACUCCAAUACGAACCGAACACAGGACGACGAGCGGCCAUUUUAUGGCUGGGUCCCUCCCCUGUCCCUUUCUCGCCCUGAAGCCAGAUGCAGGCGGCAUGUGCGUAUCCUUAAUAUGCGUAAACUUCACGCUUAAUUCUUUAUAUUAUGAUGAUGUCCUUUCGCUGUUUUCGCUUUUGUUCGUUGGUUUUUCAAUUUUUCAAAACUGCAGACCGUAGACCGUUCAGACUGUACCAGGUGUGACUUUCCAUGCUGUUAAUGGCUGUUGAUUGAUUUUUGUGUUUGUAUAUUGGUAAUUGACUUUCCUGAUACGGGGUAGAACAAUCAGGAUGUGUUCACCGGGCAGUCUAAAACGGUUCCUUCUAGGCAGUCGCUGGUUCACCGUAUCUAAGCUUUGUUAUCCUUCGAUGAUGAAUGCAUCAUAACCAGUUAAUCCGCAAGGGGUCAUCAUUACAUUACAUUCCUCCAUUAAUCAAAAGCAGAAACCUAUGCCAGUCCUGGAGAAAUAAGCUAAACCCCCUCAAACCUCGGCUCGCUUCACCAUCGGCUGAAUGUCACCAGGAGAGGAUAAGCCAGGGAGCUACAGGAAACCCGGACCCCAUAAACAUGGCUGUCAGAGAACUAGCCUAACUAGCCAGAAGCUAAAGAAGGGCGCAGACUGCAAAAUGGGAUAAACAUACAUAUAUUGGAAGCACACGACAUGCAACUGUGGGUGCUGAAAAUGACAAAACCGGAACAAUUGAUACUGUGAUGUGGUGCUGGACUGGAGUUUGCGCCUGGGCUUGGGUCUGGGCUUGGUCGUGGUCCUCGGCAUGUGUCCUGUGCUGCCUGCAGCCUUCACGGUUUAAUUGGCUGCCAGCGAUGAAAUAAAAGUCAUACAAUUCCCACAAAAUGCCCGGGACAGCUGCAUUCACACAGUGAUCAGGCAGGCGAGUGUCGUCAGGGGGGUUGAUGUGCGGAUGGAUUAUGGAUGCGUUGCAAUAUCAAACGUCGGGCGAGCUGAGCCCAGCCAGAUCCGCCCUGAACCAGCUCAGCCAAUCACGUCUUCCGAGGCGUGGCAUUUGGCAUUUCCUCGAUUAAAGCGCGGUCCGCUCACUACCGACUCUCUCUCCGCCCGGCAGCGAGGCUUUGAUCGGUGCCAUGUUGUGCCUGGUCGUGGCGCUCGAGCAGGCAUCAACCACCGAAAGGGCGGGCGCGAAAGCUGCUCUCGCUCUCCCUCCUGCCAGCAUCUCCAUCUGCGUCUCCAUCUGGCGCUGGCCGUGGUGCUGGUAGUGGUGGUGGUGGUGGUGGUGGUGGUUCGCCGCGAAAACCAGUUUGUGGAGCGAUCUCAUUGUGCGCCCGUCUGCGGAGUAGUCGUCGUCAUCGCCCGGACCGGCCGGCCCUCGUUAAUUUAUGCUCGCGCUUCUCUUUAGUUGCUUUGCAAGUCUCGUGCCGUUUGAUCGCUGAGGCGCGCGUAAUUCCAAGAAAAAUCCCGCUUCUCACCACCGCGCUGAGAGUUGCAAAGUACCGUCGGAAACGGGAGUCGCCCGGCGUAGUGAUGAAGUGGAUCCUUUGGGCCAACUUUUAAGUGAUUUUCCGCAAGGAACGACAGCCUACUGAUUCUAGCCUAUUUCAAUUAUAAUUGUGCAAUGGUAUCGACUCUGGUGCACUAACCUAACGAAAAUAUAAAGUUUUUAGCAGUUUUUCUGCGGUGCAGCAUCGUUUAGAUUCUAAGUUGCUAUAAGAUCUGUGCACUCGGACCAUGGAUAUGUCCAGCGCCAACUCUUUGCGGCCCCUUUUCGCGGGGUACCCCUUUCAAGGACAAGGCCGGGUAAAUCAGCUUGGAGGCGUCUUUAUCAAUGGACGUCCGCUGCCCAAUCACAUUCGACUGAAGAUCGUGGAAAUGGCGGCCAGCGGAGUGCGGCCCUGUGUAAUAUCGCGCCAGCUCCGCGUCUCUCAUGGCUGCGUAUCGAAGAUCCUGAACCGAUACCAGGAGACGGGCUCUAUUAGACCCGGCGUAAUAGGUGGAUCUAAGCCCAAGGUGACCUCGCCCGAGAUCGAAACGCGGAUCGAUGAGCUGCGAAAGGAAAACCCCAGCAUAUUCAGCUGGGAAAUCCGCGAGAAGCUGAUAAAGGAGGGCUUUGCGGAUCCACCGUCAACAUCGUCGAUCAGUCGCUUAUUGCGGGGAAACGAUCGCGGCAGCGAAGAUGGUCGCAAGGACUAUACUAUAAAUGGAAUUCUUGGAGGCCGAGACUCCGACAUAAGUGACACGGAAUCGGAGCCUGGGAUUCCGCUGAAACGCAAGCAGCGUCGCUCCCGCACCACCUUCACCGCCGAGCAACUGGAGGCUCUCGAGCGAGCCUUUUCCCGCACCCAAUACCCGGACGUCUACACCCGGGAGGAGCUGGCCCAGACCACUGCCCUAACCGAGGCUCGCAUCCAGGUGUGGUUCUCCAACCGCAGGGCACGCCUGCGCAAGCAUUCUGGCGGCUCGAGUUCCGGGCUCUCGCCCAUGAACAGUGGAAGCUCUAAUGUGGGCGUGGGUGUUGGGCUCAGUGGUGCGACAGCGCCCCUUGGCUACGGCCCCCUGGGAGUUGGCUCGAUGGCGGGGUACAGUCCUGCGCCGGGAACCACAGCCACUGGAGCUGGGAUGAACGACGGAGUUCACCACGCCGCACACGCACCCAGCUCCCACCACAGCGCAGCAACGGCUGCUGCAGCGGCACACCAUCACACACAGAUGGGUGGCUAUGACUUGGUGCAAAGUGCGGCUCAACACGGAUUUCCCGGAGGCUUUGCUCAGCCGGGACACUUUGGCAGUCAGAACUAUUACCAUCAAGACUAUUCCAAGCUGACCAUUGACGACUUCUCCAAGCUCACCGCCGACAGCGUCUCAAAGAUCUCGCCCUCACUGCACCUCAGCGACAACUACUCCAAGCUGGAGGCUCCCUCGAACUGGUCGCAGGCCGCCUACCACGCCGCCGCCAACUACAAUGCCCACGUAGCCCAGCACCAGCUCAACGACUAUGCCGCUGCAGCGGCUCACGGGAACCCAGCCACUGCCUACAGCCACCCCUUGCCGGCGCAGGGUCAGGCCAAGUACUGGUCGUGAUCUAAUGAAUCGGCGACGUCGCGAUACGACGGAGAAGCAUUCUAUUUUCGCGUUAGUUUUAUGCAUUUCAAUUAUCAGCAGAGGCACAUGUAAAUGUUAGGCAACUAUUUAUACCCCCAACGUGAGUAUGGGAAACAUCGGCUUGGCUAUAAUUUAGGAUUACUUCGCUUACUGCAUGUGCAUUACAUGGCUUUUAUAGGCGCAUUAAGGCUGGCAACGUUUUCAUACAAGCAUUAUGAACAUGCAACUAAGCUAACAAUGUAUAUUUAUUUACUUAAGUAUUGAGAUAUUGUUAAAUCCAGUACUUCGGUGCAUCCGACAAUUCAACCAAUAAGAGGUACUUUUAGGCGUUGCAGAGGCGUUGUAAAUUUUAGUAAUUAGUAAAAUAAAAAUAUAUUAUUUCAA